GUUUAGUCUGGCCUCUACUCUGUUCUUAUCAAACUCCGGCCCAUCACGGCGAACAGGCCGAGCUCUAUAAAACCGCCGUCAUCAUCAUCUCAUCGCAUCUCAUCGCAUCUCAUCUCAUCUCAUCUCAUCCUCGCCAUGACUGACUACGACGUGCUGAUCAUCGGGGCGGGCAUGUCCGGGCUCUGCGCCCUGCAUCACAUCCGCCAACGCUUCCCUCACUGGCGCCUGCGAGUGCUGGAGGCCGCGUCGGACGUGGGCGGCACCUGGUUCUGGAACUGCUAUCCGGGGGCGCGCUUCGACAGCGAGUCGGUCUCGUACGCCUUCUCCUUUGACCAGGGCCUGCUCGACGACUGGCACUGGAAGGAGUCCUUCUCGCCCCAGCCCGAGACGCUCAAGUACCUGCAGUUUGUCGCCGACCGGCUCGACCUGCGCCGCGACAUCCAGCUCAACACCCGCAUCGUCUCGGCCCGCUGGCUGGACGCCGAGCGUGCCUGGCGCUUCACCGACGAGGCCGGCCAGGCCUAUACCACCCGCUUCUACGUCUCCUGCCUCGGCUUCCUCUCCAACCCGACGCUGCCGGCCAUCCCGGGCAUCGACUCGUUCCAGGGGCGCGGCUUCCACACCUCGCGCUGGCCGCAGGACCUCACGGUGGAAGAGCACGGCCAGGCGUUUGCCGGCAAGCGCAUCGGCGUGCUCGGUACAGGGGCCACGGGCAUCCAGACCAUCACGGCGCUGUCCAAGGUGCCCGGCCUCGGCUCGCUGACCGUCUUCCAGCGGACCGCCAACUGGUCCGCCCCGCUGCACAACAAGACCAUCUCCGUCGAGGAGAUGGCCGAGAUCCGCAAGGGCUACCCGCAGGUGUUCCAGCAGUGCGCCGACACGCCCACCUGCUUCAUGCACCAGCCCGACCCGCGCCGGUCCGGCGAGGUGACGCCCGAGGAGCGCCUGGCGCUGUGGGAGCGCAUCUACAGCCAGCCCGGGAUGGCCAAGUGGCUGGGCGCCUUCAAGGACACCUACACCGACCGCACCGCCAACCAGCUGUACUCCGACUUCAUGGCGGCCAAGAUCCGCGCCCGCGUCCACGACCCGGCCACCGCCGAGAGCCUGAUCCCCAAGGACCACGGCUUCGGGCUGCGCCGGCUGCCGCUGGAGAGCGGCUACUUUGAGGCCUACAACCAGCCCAACGUGCACCUGGUGGACCUGAAGAAGACGCCCAUUGAGCGGGUGACGGAGACGGGCAUCGAGCUGGUCGACGGCACCCACCACGAGCUCGACAUCCUCAUCUACGCCACGGGCUUCAACGCCAUCACGGGCGCCUUUGUCAACAUCGACUGGCAGGGCAAGGACGGCGCGGUGCUGAUGGCCAACUCGGGCACGCCCGCCGCCGACCACGCCGUCUGGCUCGACUACCGCCCCCGUACCUAUCUGGGCAUCACCGUGCCGCGCUUCCCCAACAUGUUCAUGGUUCUGGGCCCGCACCAGCCGUUCGGCAACGCCCCGCGCAGCAUCGAACAUGCCGUGCAGGUGGUCGUCGACAUGCUGGCCACCUGCGAGCAACACGGAUACACCUAUGUCGAGCCGACCGAGGAGGCCGUCGAGGCCUGGACCUCGCAUGUCGCCGACUGCAGCGAGGGCGCCCUGCUCAACGAGAUCGACAGCUGGAUGACCGGCGUCAAUAAGAAUGUCGCCGGCAAGACGCAGCGCAACGUUGCCCGCUAUGCCGGCAGUGCCAUUGAGUUCCGUCGGAGGUGUGCCUUGAGCAAGGAUGCCGGAUGGGACGGGCUAGUUUUUGCAUAAUACUUGCUAAUUCAAUAUUAAUCUUUCCCAGUUAUCCACGUAGUAUUAGAU